AUGACUGCAAAGAAAGAACUGCUAGCAACAGAGUCAUCUGAAGAAAUGAAUGCUGUCAAUGAAGAAGCAACUGGACACAGGCAGUGGAUUCAGUUUGGAUCGCAGUUUUUAUUAGCGCUCUAUCCAUCUCCCUAUCCGAAACGCAUCGCUCAGUCAUCGAAUACUCACUGCAAAUGGCAGCAUCCACCUGGAAAUGAAAUUUACCGAGACGGCGUCUUAUCGUUCUGGGAGAUUGAUGGCAUCGAUGAAAUUUCGUACUGUCGAAGACUUUGCCUUUUGUCGAAGCUAUUUUUGUUCUCAAAAACUCUCCAUCAUGAAGUGGAAACAUUCUUGUUCUACAUUCUCACUGAGCUCACUCCCGAAGGACACGUUUUGCUUGGCUAUUUUUCAAAGGAAAAGAAUCCGAGCAAGAAUAACAAUCUGAGCUGCCUGCUGACGCUUCCUUCUUCUCAGCGAACGGGAUUUGGCAAAUUUCUCAUCGAUCUCAGUUAUAAACUUUCGCUGCGAGAGCGGAAAAUCGGUGGUCCGGAGCACCCACUUUCCGACAUGGGCUUGAUCACUUAUCGAAGUUACUGGAAAGCAGUGAUCAUUUCAUACAUUCGAAAAAGACGUUACCUUACAAAUAUUUCCGUCAAAGGUAAUCUCUUCGCAUUUUCCCUGGUGAAUCUGGUUUAUUCAGUGUUGUAA